AUGGCUGCAGCAAUCCAAGCCAUUAAAAGCAAAAGACCACGUGAAGAUGACAGAAUUGUGGAAGAACUUCCCCAGGAGCCCAGAAAGAAAAGAAAACUUGCGGAAGAGGACGCUUGUCAAAACCGGCACAAAGCUAUGGAGAAGAAACCUCACUUGUCAACUGAAGCCUUUGGAGAAGAUUGCGAAAUCAGCUAUGACCAACUGCAUGAAUUCCUGAAAUAUGCUGCCUUGGGGAAAGGCCAAAAUGCUGCUAAGCCCAGGUGGUGCUAUAUUCAUCACCAAAGGCAUCUGACUGGUACGGUAGUGGUGGUUCUCCAUGAACUGAGCCAGCUCCACUUCUACAGGUUUUACGUGCAGUUCAAGCAUCUCCGCAGAACCUUCAGGCAUCGCUUCUCUUUGCCAGGAGCAAAUGACAAUCCACCGCUCAGCAGAGAAGAACUGAAGAAAGAUCCAGUAAUUCAGAAAUACGGAGAAGAAAGGCGUGGGCUGUCCAGUUACAUUCUAACCCCAGAAGAGAUGCGUCGCUACAACUACCCUCUAGAAGGGUCCAGUGACUGCAGCCAUUUUGUUUCCAUCUGUCGCAGCAUCGCACCUUCAGAUGACAGCCCCCUUUUCGGUCUGGACUGUGAAAUGUGCUUCACCGAUAAAGGAUCCGAACUCACGCGAGUCUCGGUGGUGGAUGGCAGCGGCCAGUGCAUUAUGGAUGAGCUUGUAAAGCCCUCGUCGCCAAUACAGAAUUACCUUACAAGGUACUCCGGCAUCACAGAGAAGCUGCUUUGUUCCGUCACCACCAGGCUUGCUGACGUCCAGGCCCGGCUGAAGAGUCUGCUUCCUCCCGACGCUGUUUUAGUGGGUCAUUCUCUAAAUUUUGACCUCCGAGCUUUAGAAAUGAUACAUCCCAAUGUGAUUGACACGUCACUCCUUUUUACCCGGAAGGGAGGCAAAAGAUUCAGGCUGAAAUUCUUAGCAGAAGCAGUUUUAAGGAAAGACAUCCAGCGCACAGACCAAGAGGGUCACGAUCCAACGGAAGACGCCACAUGCGCCCUCCAACUGGCCCAGUUUUUCAUGGGCCAGGGACCGAGAAAGGUAGCAGAGCUGAACCUGGAAGCCCGCUGGCUGGAACAGAACCAAGCAGGCGACUCAAAGAAGCACUCCUUGCCAGAGCUGAGGAAUGGGGUCCCAAAGCAGGCGAGGACACCCGUCCAGCGCCUUCUCGACGCCUUGCAGUCUCUCAGUCAAAAGAGGCUGCUUCUGGGAGGGCAGAGUGGCGCUUCUCCCAACAGCAACCAACACAAGCAGAUUCUCCAGCAAGCUUUGGAAGAGAUCUCCAGGUCGUCUUUCAGCAUCGUUCAGUUUCCUUCGGAUCCACGGCACCUGAACCCCCACCUCGCUGCACACCUCAGAACAAACCUGCGGACUAAACUGGACGGCAUGCUGACGGUUUAUGCCGGCCCGUUCAGAAAGGGCUGGUGCUUGAAGGCUUUGAAGAGAACCUUUGAGAGCUACGGACAUAUUCGGUCAAUCAGAGUCGUUACAGAAACCUCGAAGCCCCACAUCUGUGUCCAGUACGAAGUUCUAGAGGCAGCCCAACUUGCUAUAGAGAACCUGAAUGGAGCGGAAGUUGCGGGAUCCUAUAUUAAGGUGCAAAGACCCAUCACCGAAAUGACACUUGAUUGGGAGACCCUCCUGAGACAGCUGGAAAUGGAUGCAGACAAUGAAGGUGUGAUUUACGUGGCAGGACUGGAGGAGACCGACGGCGAGGCAGAUUUGCAAGAGCAGCUGGAUUUCCUGAAAGAUCUGAAGUCAGUGUUCCGGCCAAGGGAUCCCGGGAGCGGAAGACAGAGAAAUUACUGUUUCCUCAAAUUUCCGACAGUGGAAAGUGCCUCCGUGGCCCUACAAACCAUCCAGGGGCAGACCGCCAGAGGUGGAAAAUUGCACAGCAGGGUUGCUGUGACGCCCCCACAUCUCCACCGGUGGGUCUGCCGAGAGAAUCAAAACGGCGGAUGUCCUGCCACUCCACAGCUGCCGCACGAGGCUGGCCGCCAACCGAAGGAACAGCUGUUUGCUUUGGAGCAAGACUUAAAGAGUGCGAUGAAGGCGUGCGACCGCUGGAUCAGAAAGCUCUACAGAGGCCUGCCGAACCACACGCUCUGUGCCAUCCUGUUUCCAGGAACUGACCGUGCCUCCGUGUCUCUCCCGGGCUUCUGCCUCCUGGCAAUCAAAGACGACAACAGCCCCGCACCUGCCUCCCAUUAGCCCAUCUGGUUGGAUCCCACCCCAGUUCCGCAGACGGAGAUGUGGCGAUUCCUUGUUUAUAUGUGUGUGCGGCUGUGAUAGACUAGAGUGGUCUAUCUGGAGUGAAACAAACGUAUAU